AGAGUGUCCACUUUAGUUAAUUAUGCUCUCCCCAUCUUUUUUUCCGUGUGUUUUAUAAGUUUGUAUUUUUAAACACUCGAUAGCACACAGCACUAACACACAUGCAUUUUUUUAGAAUUGGAACAAUAUAUUGAUGUAGUACAUCUGUUUGUCGAAGUCGUGUGAUUAUCCCCCAGGACAUAUUUUUUGAGAGCUGUUAAGAAAGGUCAGCAAUGGUUGUUGUAGAUGGCGCUGUCAGGAAACACCACCAGCAACUCUGACGUCAACAGCUACUACCUCAGUCGGGCGCUAUGGCCUGCAGUGGCGUACACCGUGUUGAUGAUGACGGUGGGCACCGUGGGCAACAUCCUGGUGCUGGUGGUCUACAGGAGGCAGUAUCGCAAGAGCGUCACCCGGCUCUUCAUCUUCGCCCUGGCCGCGCUGGACAUCGGCAACUGCUUGAUCACCAUGCCUGCGGAGCUGGUCAUCUUGAUCCACUUCACUUCCUUCCCGUCAGCCACCUGGUGCAAGGCCACGCGCUACUUGACCUAUAUAUUUAACGGAAGUAGUUCCAUUAUACUGAUAGCCAUUUCCAUGGACAGAUAUUUUAAAGUGUGCCGUCCAACACAUCAAGGUAUGGACAUUGGCAGAGCACGGCUCGUGUGUUACGGCUCUUUCCUUUUAGCCGCCCUGCUCUCCAUACCGGCUCUCGUUAUCUACGGAGACAUGGUCAUCCCAGUUUUAAUUACUGGCGAGGAGGUCUCUUUGCUCCCGUUUGACACUCCCAUGAAGAACAGGUCAAUGCACAGGGUCAACUCCGAGGGGAUUACUGAGACUACCAUCACAGGGACGUUCUGUCUGCUGACCACGGACUACAUGGACAGCCUACUGCCCACUUUCUUUUAUAUUGGGAUGCUGGUUCUUUACCUUAUUCUCAUCUUCUUCGUCAUCUUCUUUUAUAGCCAAGUUGCGAAGACCAUGUUUGUGCUGACCCGGAAGCAUUCCCAGAUGUUUACCUUCUAUACCACCCGCGAACUGUCUUCCCCAAACUCCGUGGUGCUGGACGACCGGCCCGUAAGCCACAGCUGCGGGGCUUCCAAUAUAGUCAUUAGGGAGGUGAGUACCUUCGACGAGGACGGGCCCUACGACCAAUGCGGUCAGCUUGAUCCGGUGUCUACAGUUGGCAGCUCUCAUCCGUGUGAUCAAGAAGACAUAUCGCGCCAAGGGAGAUCACAAUCCCAAAGAACAGCCUUGGGGACCAAGUUAAGGAACAUGACAAACUCAUUUCGAUUUAACGAUAAUAAAAACGCAUCCGUAAGAAGCCAUCAGCUAAACCACGAUGAGGGAAAGACGCAUUUGAGAAACAUUUUUAACCUCGAGUCCAAUGCCGCAGACGCAACUCUUUCAAUCCAAAACAACUCAAGCGCCGUUCGCAGAGACAAAACUCAGAGCGAGAUAAUUCCCGUGCCCAUCGACGUUAAUUCGAAUUCUCAAAUCGGCAGCAAAAAGUUUCGAAAGUCCCACAAGAUUCCGAAAAUAAAAGUCCACGAUGCAUGCGACAGCAACGACAGGCUGAACUACACUUCCUCCAUGCACAGCAUUGACCUGAAGAGUCUCAACGUAUCCAACAACAGUCUGCUGCUAAGGAGAAUUAAGAGCGCGGAGAACAUCAACUCUCUGACGCGCUUGAACAAGCUGCACAUGCCGGAAAGGGCAUCUACCAAGAAGAUCACCGCGCCCAUUUUUCCGGACGCGUACGAGGACCUGCUUCCGAAAGUCUCCAGCCGGAAGUCACGAAAGGAAAAGACGACGGAGGUAGGUCACGUGACGAAAAGCUGCGUCAACUUGGAUUACGUAGGUGGCUGUGACGAUGACAGUGACAGCCACAUGAGGGCCAACUCUGAGAAGACUUUAACCCUCACAAAGAAAACAUCUCCCCAAGGAAAAAAGAAAAUAUGCGUCAUCCCGCUAACAGGUCUGUCUACAAAAACUGCUCUGCUGGCACAGGAUAGCCAAGGGGAGUUUAACACCACAAAGGGAAAUAACCCAACAAUAAACGGUAAAAAAGAUACUUUGUCUGCCUUGAAACCAAGUAAUCCUGAAAAAGUGCCCAGUGUUGAUCACCUUGACGUCACACUCAGGCCAAAGAGCCCGGAAGUUGCCGCACCCGGUGGCAGCUCCAGGGCGUCGUCGAACAGUAGAAAAUCUCAAGAGGGCGCCAAGAACUCGCGCUCUCCUAGGCAAGAGAUAGUCAGCACUGCGGACAUUCUUCAGGAGCACCACAACCGAUGCUCCCUGCAUCCUUUCAGAACCAGCAGGAUGCUCUUCACCAUUUCCCUAGUCUUUGUCAUCAGUUUCCUCCCCUUCUUCAUUAUCGCCUUGAUCAGGUCAUCCAUGGGGUCAAGUUUUCUCGUCUCCCUAACCAACGCUCAGCUUGGCGUGGUCAGCAUCUUCAUUCGAUCCUCCCUCAUCAGCAAUGCGGUCAACCCGAUCAUCUACGGUCUGCUGAGUAGCCACUUCCGCCGUGAGUGCACUGGUCUGGUAUGCUGCCUGUGGAGAUAAUGCUGUCAUGACGACAUUGUUUCAAUCAUAGCUAAUGCCCGGGCAUUCAUCUCAUUUCUGUGAGAUCCAUUAUGGCUUUGGCUGAAGGGGGGUGUGGGCAAAGACAAUUAUAUCAAGAAUGUUGUAGAUUGUGGGGCGCGGUGGAUGAGAAGUUAAGCGCUUGGCUUCCGAACCUUGGGUCCUUGGUUCGAAUCUCGGGGAAUUUCGGGAUUUUUAAGGCGCCCCAGAGUCUAACCAACUGUAAUGGGUAACUGACUUUAGUUGGGGAAAGUAAAUGCAGUUGGUCGUUAUGCUGACCACAUGACAUCCAGCUCGUUAACCGUUGGCGAAAUGAACAGAUGACCUUAUCAUUAUCUGCCCAAUAAAUCGCAAUGUCUGAAAGUGGAACUUUUUUGUAGAUUGUGUUCAUUGGUCCUAAAAGUUAGUGUGCUACAGUAAUGAUGCACAAAUGUCUUAAUGGCCGUACUGUAAACCUUCAAACAGUCAAGCAGGAGAUUGGCCUGGAUUUCUAUCAUUUCAUAUCUGAAAAAAAAAAUUUUCAGGAUAUAUAGCUUAUAAAAAAAAAUGUGAUACAGUAAUGAUGCAUAAAUGUCUUAAUGGCCGUACUGUAAACCUUCGAACAAAUAAGCAGGAGAUCGGCGAGGAUUUCUAAACUUUCAUAUCUGAGAAAACAAUAUUCAGGAUAUAUAGCUUACAUAAAACAAUCAUUAAAAUGGGUGUCUGUUAUUGUGCGUUGUUGGUGCAUCAUUUCCGGGAUCGUUGCCAUUGAUUUGUAAGCUGAUCUGAUUUGAAAAAAAAAAUUGGGUGGGGGGGGGGAAUACUAUUAGCAAAUGUUGUUUAUACUCCCCUCCUCUCUCUUUACCAACUUUUUCUGAUGUUUUCAAACAUUGAAGAGUGCUUUUGUAACGAAUAGAGAGUUAUUCUGUGCCUCUCUGAUAAGGACUAUACGUCUGACACUGUGUCAGGAACACUAGACUUCCAAAAUGAAAAUUAAUUAAUGACCACUAAUUGAUUAACUAAUUAAAAAACAAUAUUCAUGUAUUAUCAUGGACUAUGGGUUACUGUGCCAAAUUUCAAGUUGAUCCGAGAACAGGAAGUGGGUGGGAAAAAAAAAGACGUAUACAAAACGUAAAGGGAAUAACUUCACAUAUACAUCCACAUCUCUCGAGUAGUAGCAUUUUUUUCCUCUUUUUCAAUUUCCAAACAGAAUAAUCGAUAACCAAUAAUUAAUUGACAAGUUGGUUAGUUUUUAUUAUUAUUGAUUCGUGUGUUGUUAUCGACAAUGAAUGAUUGGGCAAUGUUUCAACUUGAUCCGAGAAUGGGAAGUGGGAGAAAUCACGUGAUCAACAGUUGUACUAGACAGAGUGAGUUGGUAUAAACUUUGUACAAGAAAUAAGAGCAGCAGACUGGUAUAGAAUGUGCUCGAUGUUCAAGCAUGGAUUACUUUACAAGGAUCUAAAGAUUGUGUUAGGGACAUGUGUGCAGGGAAAAUAAAAGAUGCGUGUGUGUGUGUGUGUGAAAGUCAAUCAGUCAGUCAGUCAGCACUUGACUUACAUGUAGAAGAAUAUUACAAAGGACUUUUUGUUGUGUUCUUAUUCUCAACAUUUUCAUUCAAAUCCUGGAUUUUUAAAAAACAAUUAACGAUUUACUAAUGUUGAAUGUUUGUAACAUCGUAUCAUCCAGGAUUAACUCUUUAUCUCCGUAAUUAUUUAUCACAUUCUAGUGGAAUCGACGUUGGUAGCGUCAGUUAGGAGAGAAAGAGUUAAAUUUAACACGAGUUACAGCCCUUUAAUUACUACAUAGUGUCAGACUUUUAUACCUUCUUUAUUUCGAAUUAAGAAAUAUUUUU